AUGGUUCUCAUCGUCGCGUCUAUACUGGAACGCUGGCAAGAACAAGCCGUCUCCGACCAGCACUACCUGGAGGAAUGCCUCGAUGUGUACGGUGCGGCGGCAGAACACGAAAGCAAUGUCACAAUGUACCAAAACCCUGUCAUUGACGAGAUCCUUGAGGUCACUGGCGUCGAUGGCCAUCGGACCUUGACCAACUUUACCCCGGCGGAGUUUGAAACAAUCUAG